AUGCGUAAUCCACCUAACAGUGACUGUGAAUGGACAAUUCUCGACACAGAGGGCACUGACAUAGUGCUCAUUUUCCUUCACUUUGAUAUAAAAUGUCCUGAUUUUAUAUCGAUGACAGACAUUUCCAACAACACGAUGAUGCCGAUCCUCGACAAAGUAUGUAUUUUGAAUGAGGAAAUAUAUUUUCUAGGUAACAAAAUACACAUCCACUUUGUAAGUGAUGGAUCCGGCCAGCGUAAGGGAUUCAAGAUAAUCUGGAAAGUGAAAAGUAUCCUAACAUGGCACUCAGAAUUUGUUUCUGUGCACGAGGCUCACGGAAUAUGCAGACGACAAGGUGGUAGCUUAGUAAAAGACAUUGCGGAAUACCAGGACAAAAUUGUCGAUAUGAUGCAAGAACGCCACGUUACGUCAAUAUGGCAGGCGAAGAAUCAAUAUAUAACACCGUGGGUGUGGCUUAAAGGAUGUUUUUCUUUUGCAAACCUUGACGAUUUUGAAACAUAUGUAAUUGUAAAGAACAAUUCGAUGGCAGAAUGUCAGAGACUUUGUUCAAAAUGGAAUUAUUUCGGGCUUCAGAGCGACAAGUGCUUCUGUAUUGAGAGUUACGCUGGCUCCCCUGUCAUUAUGGAUCAUUAUUGUACAAUUUCUUGUUCUGGCAAUUACGAAGAGAGAUGUGGCGGGAAUCUGAGCCUUACUAUAUACAUGAACGAUAUAUGCUACACAAAUUCAAGUGCUUGGCAAGGGACUGUAUCGAGAACAAAGGAAGGUAACACCUGUUUGCCAUGGAAUAACAUCACUGCAAUAAUUCACGAUAAUACUACGGUAUUUCCGGACGGGUCGGCACAGAAUGCAUCCAAUUUUUGUAGGAACCCAAAUGGUUCCGAAGCUCUUUGGUGUUAUGUUAAUCAGAACGAGACUGAGUUUUGCGAUGUACCACCAUGUUUUCAUAAAGAAACAUCAAAUGAAAAUUGUAUGGCCGUGUACAAAUCAAACUCUAAUGAGCUUGUAUUUAAACGAAGGCCCUGCACGGAGGGGGAACGUGCUAUCUGCUAUGAUGUCG